AUGCUAGAUAAGAAGCAAUUAAAAAUCAUAGACAAAUAGAUCUAGAAUUAUAAGAAUGCUUAUUUGCUUAAUUCAACCUAAGAAAUUACAUUUCCUCAAUAAUUAAAAGUUUCAGAUUUGCCACUAAACUCAAACUCAACAUCCAAUCUAUAACAUUAGGGUCAGAUUUAAUCAUCUAAAAUCUCGACUGAUGGAGUUGCGUAGUAAAUUAGGGAAUAUUUCAUUUACAUAAUUGAAAGAGGAGUUGUUUUUCCUCAAAUUCUAUCUUUUGUAAUCAUAACUAAGGAUAAAAUUUCAAUAAAUUAUUGUGACUCAUUAUUAAAGAAAUUAAGUAGAAUUCGUCAUAAAUUAGAAAAAGAUAAAAGUUCAAAUUAAGAAAUAAUGUAGAAAGCAGACACUACUAAAUUAGAUGAUGAUGAAAAAAUCAUACUAAAGUUACUUUAAUAUUUUACAAAUAAAUUAGCAGAUUUUGGCAUGAGAAGAUUCAAAAUGCAUAAUUUAGAUCUAUAAAAUAUUAGAAUUUAAUAUAAUCUAUGUAGGUAAAUCAAAAACUCUGUAAUUUAAAAUUCUAAAGUCUUAAAGAUGAUUAUUCAAUAAGUUAAAAUUGUUCAUUCAGAUUUAUUGGCAUUAGAAGCAAACUAAUAAUAAUUAAGUUCAGAUGAAUCUUAGAAUGAAUAAAACGAAUAAAUAUUGUAAAAUGAUGUAUAAAACGGAUCAUUAAAUUAAUUUGUUCAAAACAAAGAUACAGUUACCUAAAAUCUGAAAGCAGAAAAGGAUCAAUCAGAAAAAGAGAAUAAAAUAAGAAAAGAAUUUGCAAUUAAAGUAUUAAUGUUGAAAUUAAUCGAUUUACAAAUUGUUGUUCCUCAUGUGCUUAAAUUAAUAAAAUUUAUAUAUUUUAGUAAGCGACAUAAAGUACCUGAUAAAAGAGGAAUUUUAAUUAUAUCUCCAUCAGAAUAGAUAAUCUUAUAACUAUGCAAAAUGCAAGAAUUAUCUAAAUUUGCACAGUAAUUUAAGUUAGAAUAAAUCUUAUCUUCUUUUAUGAAUCCAAGUUUUUUAGAGAAAUUUCAUCUGGAAAACCCCAAUUACUUAAAGGUAGAUUUGAAUACUGUUUUAAUCUCCUAUUUAUAAUUAAUAAUCAACAACUACUCUAAAUAUUAGGAGGAAUUAAUCUAGAUUUACAAAGAUGAAUAGUUUAAAAUGCUUUUACAGUAAAUUUGGUAAUUAUGUGGUCAAAACAUUAAAUAGAUACUAUUUAAUAAGGUAGAUCCGAAUGAAUAAUUUAAAGCCUUCGGAUGCAACAUUUUAUAAAUAGGCACUUAUCUAUUUAAAAUAAAAACUCUUUUGGAAUCAAAUAUAGAAAUAUCAGAACAAUUAAGAAUAGAGUAAGAUGCAUGUAAAUUUCAGCUAAAUUCAAAAAGUAAAAAAUCCUCAGAUAAGGUUUCAAAUAAUACUAAACCAAUCUUCAAAUAAUUCAUUUAAAAAAUGAUUAUGCUAAAUAAAUCCUUUCCGCUGCUUCUGAAACUUCUUCAUUUGACUAAUUUUACUAUUAAGGUUAUUCCAAGAAAGAAGGUAAUGGAAAGCAUUGUGUAAUAGAAAUAAUUUAUUAAAUUUAUGAAGAUAUGUUACAACUAUCCUUUGGAAAUUGAAACUAUUCCUGAUAGAGUGCAGACUAUAUUUUUUAGCGAAAAGUUUUAAAUUUAAGAAACCCAUCAUUUAACUUGGCCAUAACUAAUUUUAAUGGCUCUUGAAUUGAUUUAUUAAUAAAGGGAGUAAAAUAAACAAUUAAUAAAUGAAGCUGUUCAAACUAAAUAAUAUUAGUUGAUAUUAAGAGAAUUAGAGACCAUAGAAGAUCCUCUUGAGCUUCGUCAAAAGACUAAAUAGAUAUUAUUUUUACUUAAUGAUUAUGUUUAAUAAUUAAAAAAUGAGUAAUGA